AUGUCCCACAAGAAGGUUGGAUUCCGGGACGACUCCCCUUCGGGUGCGUCCCACUACUCGGAUCACCAAAGGAGCGAUUCUGGAGUCGGUUCUCUCAGUGGUAGCGACUGCGGUGUUCCCAACAGUGAUCGUACAUACACACCUCGUGAUUAUGACGACAGGCGGGACGCUCGCGAGAUCCUGCGCCUCAAGAACGAGUUAACGCAGGCGGACGACAAGAUCAAAGACCUGCAGGCCAAAAUCCAGCAACUUGAACGGCUUCAAGCAUCUCACAUCCAACUCAAGGUCGAUCAUAAGGAAGUGAUUGUGAGUGAGGCAACACUGCAAGCACAACUGGACGCGAAGCAGAACGAGAACGAGGUCCUUUCCGAUCAACUCGCCGACUUCAAAUCCAAGAACACCGAACUACUUCAGAAGAACAAGGAUCUCACCAGCGAGAACACCAAACUCAAGGAUGAAAACAAGAAGCUGCAGGAGCUCGAAGAUGCCAAGAAGCCCAAAGACCUAAAGGACCCGAAAGACUCGAGCGAAUCUGUCGAUUCCGAAAAGAUGAAGAGACCCCGGCGCAAGAGUAUGUCUAUGCCCCCGCCAUCCGAAUCAUCGGAUGACAGGAGACCUCGCCGAAGCUCAAGCCGACGCGCUCCACAUAGAGAACAUGAGAAGUUGGACAUGGACAAUGAGUGGGAGCGACAGCUAGAGAGGGAGCGACAAAUGACACUGACACACGACCGAUCGGUCAUUGAUGAGGAGAAGGAGCGUCUUCGCAGCCGCUUCCGCACCCGGGGCGAAGACAGCGAUGCCAAGAGCAGCAACCAAUCUCUCCCAUCUCUCCCACCUGUCACCAUCAGGGGCCAGCCGCGGAACAACCAGCGUGAUAGCUACGUUGAAUCUUCUGGUCGUGGUGCACCCAGACCACAGGUUCCAGGCCCCCAGGUUGUCUCUGGGAGAGAUGCCUACGAUUACUCGUAUAACGCGCCCUCCUAUACAACACCACAGUACGCGAGCAUGCGCGAGCCACGCUCUGCCGCUCCUCCGGCACAUCAUCCAGCGGUCUACGUCCCGGCGCCCGCUGGCUACGUUGACAACCGUUAUCCCGCCGACGAUGACUACCGUUACCACCAGCAAGCGAUCGCCGGCGCAAAGAUGCCGCGGAGGCAAUAG